AUGGCUUGCUGGUCCGCGAGCAGACAGCGUGUCGUCAUCGCUGCCUGGCUGGUGCUGCAGGGCUUCACGAAACCGGUCAGGGGCAUUACGAACGACUUCUCCGCGUAUCCGACAAACUCGCAAGCGUGCAUUUAUCUUGCGUCCAGCCAGGGCAAGUGCAACAGCGCAAGCAGCGUGACGGGCCUGAACGAAUGCCUCUGCACGAACAACAGCGGCUUCAUCACCAAAGCAGCGGCCUGCGUCGGCCAGCAGGACCCCAGCGACCUUGGCGAAGUUUACACGGUUAUGUCCGAUGCCUGUGCCUACACCAAUAUCGACAUUGCUCUUUCCAGAAGCGAAUUCUUGAGCGCUGCUGCCGCCGCCUCCAGUUCGUCAUCAUCGGCAUCAUCGACUUCAGCGACAUCGUCAUCAUCGGCAUCAUCGACUUCAACGACAUCGUCAAUAACAAGGUCAUCAACACUGUCAAAAUCCACCACAUCGAGCUCUGUCGGCAGCACAGCGACCAACAGCGCCAAUGCCAGCGGCACGAAUACCACGUCUAGUCAGCCAACGGAGACAAGCGGCGCCUCGGCCAGUACCGAUGACAGCUUGGGCAUAUCCAGCACCGCCAAAAUCGGGAUCAUCUCAGGAGCGUGCGUAGCCGGGGUUACCAUCAUGUCUGCUGCCGCCCUGUUUAUCUUCCGGUACCGUCGCAACCGGCGCCCAGCCGAAGAGAGCGCGCCGAUGCUGUCGUUGGCUGGGUUCGCUGGUGGCAGUAGUAAUGCUGGUGUCGGCGGUGGUGGCAGUGGUGGCAGUGGUAACGGUGGUAACGGUGGUAGCGGUGGUAGCGGUGGCGUCGGGUUCGUCGAGAUUCCAGGAAUCUCUGAAGUUCCUGGGAGCAUCGGCCACUCAGAGCUACCAGGCGGCCAUACCUACUGGAAAGCGGCCGAGGGUGUUGGCGCGAACGCCAAAUGGCACCAGGCUGCUGGAAUGAACCAGAUCCCGCACCAGCAGCAGGAGAUCUUUGAGUUGCCUGCUCAUCAAGACUCAAGCCCAUAUGCAGAGAUGCCUGCCCGGGAAGAGCCAACUCCAUAUGCAGAGCUAUCGGCCCAGAGACACUCAACGAGCCCCUGGGUAGAGAUGCCCGCCUCAUCUGUAGAGGACGGCGUGCCCAUGUCGACUAUCGUGACACCAGUAUCGGCAAAGAGCGAGGAAGGCAACAGCUAUGCCGGCACCAGCUAUGCCAACUCCGUCGUAUAUGAAGAUUUGAAAGAAGACUGGCCGGCUCCGGCAUACCGUCCAUAG